AUGACAUACCUGAGUACAUGUCAUAAAAAAUUGCGUGAGUUAUAAGAAUUAAUCUUAAUUUAUCACACUUGAUAAGGACCCAAAUCUAGGGUCGAACCAUAGUGUAUCGAUUUAAGAAUAAAUCUGGCCAGUAAGGUCGAACCAAUACAAAUUUCAAUUUUAGAUAUAAUUUUAUUUAAAAAACAAGAAAAAAUUAGAAAAUUAAACUUUUGUACAGUUGUCUCGUGACUUUCAUCUGCAGCACUAAGUUUUGAGGACUCUCUAUAUACGUACAAAAUAACUGUUAUGCAUUUGUCACUAUAGAAAAGAAUAAUAAUGUGCUUUCAGAACAGCUAGAAACUUUUGGUAUAAGAGAAAAAUUUGUCUGAAAAUUUCAUAUGUAUAUGUGAAUGCAGAAUCGUGUGAGUGCGGUUUCAGGAUAAAACCAGAGCAUUAGUUUAGUUGCAGGGUGGUAUGAUAAGUGGUGCUGUAGUCAAAUGUUUGGUGAAGAUUGAAUUAUAGAAUAAUCUAUCGACCUAAUUAGACUUGUGGCCGGUUUGCAUUUUUUAGCCGAUUUUCACGAGUAUCCCUGUUUUUCUCAUUUCGUAGCUUAUUUCUGACUGCUUGUGAGAACGUAAAAUAUAAUGGAAACGGGUUUGCGAGCUAAAUUUAGCAAGCUUGAUAUACAUAUACACACAUACGCAAGUACACCUUAAAGCAUAGACAAUAACAAACCGCGUUAGAUACAAUUUUAUUUGAAAAACAAAAAAAAAGAAAAUUAUACUUUUGUUAUCGACUUUUGCAGUCGUGUUGUGAUUUUCAAAGUCACGCGCGCGCAUGACUUUGAAAAUCACAACACGACUGCAAAAGUCGAUAACAAAAGUAUAAUUUUCUUUUUUUUUGUUUUUCAAAUAAAAUUGUAUCUAGCGCGGUUUGUUAUUGUCUAUACUUUAAUUCUGGAGAAGAAUUUACAAUUCUGUAUAAUAACGAAAAAUAAGGCACAUGAAAUGCGCGUAACUGCAUGUUGUCUAGUAUAAAAGUAAAACAAUAAAUACGUUACUUUAUUACUAAAAAACAAUUUUUUUUUAUUAUGUGCAAUAAAACGUGAUAAUUAUUUUGCAACACGUGACACGAAUAUAAAAUCUAACAUAAAUGCCUAAUUAAAAAUUAAAAUUAAUUUUUAAUUGAUAAUUAAAUCUGUAUUUUCUCAACAAGAAAUCUUUAACAUCUAAUCUUUUAUUGUAUUUUUAUUUUUUAUUAAGAAUUAAUUAACAUCUUAAUUUUCAAUUUAUAAAAAAUAUUUAAAUCUGAAGCCAUUUUUUUAUUUUUCCUAUUAUACAAUUGUUAUUACAAUUGACUAAAUUGUAUAUAAUUAUUUUUAUAAUCGUGCACCAAUCAUAAUAAUCGCCGCAGCGAUGUCCGCGCGAUAAACAUACACUAAAAAAUAUUUAGAUACCGCAAUCGCCUCGAAGUCGGAGCUGAAGAGGAAAGGAGAAAAAACAGAAUAAUACUGUCGUUUGAUACACCAAACGUAGCUGAGCGCGCGACGUGUGUGCGUGUGCGUGCGUGCGUGUGCGUGCGUGUGCGCGCGCGCGCGCGUGUGUGUGUGUGUAAGUGCACUCGAAAUCUCAGCACACCCUGACAUCGCGUCAUGUAGAUAAUCGACGAUUCGGCCCCUAUUGAAUAUUUAUUAUCUGUUUUAGUUAGGAAAAUUGCCAAAGCCAUCGUCAUAUUUAUUAGCGAUAGUGAUCUUCGAAUUUGAAUCUUGAAAUGCUACUUAGUGACUUAAGCUUGUUGAGUUUUUGCCAAGGGACUUGCCUCGUAGGUUGAUAACGAAGAUUCUCUGAUCGUCACCAUCUUGAGUUUUAAACUAAUUCAAGGAAGGAUCAAGGAAACAACUAAGGGCAUAGUUUACCCCCUUGAUUGAUGCCCUCUUAGUGUACUGAAAACGUGGCACUGUGUUCCGGAAGGGAUAGAAAGCCAAAGGGUAUAAGAAGAGGAAGAAGAAGACGACUCGGCCGCCGAGCCACGCAUUUUUACCUCUUCGCCGCGCGCCGUUUCACUCAUAGAGACAGAGAAUAAACAAAAAAGGAUAGAACUGUCUGUACUUUUUUUGUCAUUAUCUAUUUUUGUCAUUGUCUAUUUUUGUCACUAUUUAGUUGUUUAUUUUCCGACUCACUCUAUCGAGACAGCAGUGGCGGGCGGAGAGGUAAAAACCAAGUGCAGUGCAUUCAGCUCGCGACUUACGACCCUUGCGCACUGAGAUUGGACAAACCUGUAAGUUUGCAACUGUAUAAUUUUGUUUUAAUUGUAAAUUUUAUAGAUGCACGUUAUACUCCUAAUCUGUAUUUGUAAAAAGGGAUAAACAUAUAAGAUUAUUACAACGAGAUUACAUGUAAAAUUUGUUAUUUACUUUUUUUUAAGUAAUAGUGGUAGUAGUAAUAGUAGUAAUAAUAAUAGUAGUAGUAGUAGUAUCAGAGGCGUUUAUCGUAAGCUAGCUAUUUGCAAGAAAAAUGCCAGAGAUAUAAAUCGUGAGCUAGCUAUUUAUAAGGAAAAUGCCAGAGCUGAUUGUAGUAGACUAUUUUUUAUUUACUGCUAGGGGCAUAAGUUGGCUUAUAACAAAAUAUUAGGAACAUUUGUUGUGAAAAAAAUGCUACUGAUUAUCAUACAAACAUAAUUUUCUUAAAACGCUAUAAGAGUAUAAUUAUACAGUAUGUAUUAUAAUGUGCGUGCGCGUGGGUGUACACGAAUACAUUAUAAUUCACAUAAUUGAAAUUCUAAUAUUACAUACAAAUGUAGAUAUAUCCAUGGUCUGCAUCUGAUUAGAACAAUAUAUAUAGACUUUUUUUUUAAAAUAAACAGUAUAUGUACUAAUUCAUAUUUUAAUACAAACUAAACCAAGAGUAAUUUUUAUCUCUUUUAUUAGACGUAGACAAAAAGAGAUUUAAAAAUAUAUAUGCAAUGUAUUGUUAGUAUAUGUGACGUCCUGACCUAAAAUGAUAUUGGACGUAAAGAAAGUGGCGUAACAUAAAAAUCGGAAUUGUGAAUGUUAAUAUUAUCGACAUGAUCACAUUAUCGAGUUUAUCGACAUUUUUAGUUUCGUAAGUAGCGGCGCAGGACCUCAGGGAUGGAAUUCAUAGACCGAUCUUGAUUAAUACUGUUAUUUCAUUGGUUAAGUAAGUCUUAAGUGCUCGUGGCUAGACUUAAGACAAUUCUUGAACUUAAGAUCGGUCUACGAAUUCCGUCCUAAGAGUUCGAUCUCUCCAGCCUCGCCAAUGAUUCUACUUUAUUGACUCCGAUCAAAUGUGACCGUUACUCCAGCAUCCCCUUAAUGCUAGAUUAUGCGAGGCGCCGCAGAGCAUUUCACCACUUUAAUUUUCAUUUUUCUUUAUUUGACACUUUUUUUGUAGAUUAUUGAAGCAGUGAUAUUUCAUUCUACGCAGAAUGGUGAAAGAUAAGAACGAAAUGCGUAAACGCGCAUGGCGCGAUAACGCGCCCGCCAUGUGCGCGACUAUUUUCCGAUUAAAAGAUUUUUGACCGUUUAAUGUUAGAAGUUUUCGGUGUAACAAAAUAUAUCUAAAUUAUUAUCUGUAUCGAGUGACGGAGUGCGUAUAUAUCGCGAGCAUUUACGCACGUUACGCUCUACCGAUUGUACCACGGCACUGUUCUUCACGCGAAAACGCAAUAAAACUUUUUGACUAAUAAAGACGAUUUUUCUCUGUCUAACGUUGACUGUAUUCCCCAAUUUCAGGAGAUUAGCGCAUUAAAGAGGAAGAAAAGGAGGGACCGCAGCAUCAGCCACGUAUCUUGCGUCAUCAAACAUAGAACGUGGCAGCAAACGUGGUAGUAAUUGUUAAGUCAGCUAUUGUUAAUUCAACGUCAAGGUUCUUGGCGCCCGUGGUGGUGCGAUUAUCUUUAUCAGAUUGUCAACAGUGCGCAUAACACGAGGCGAGAAUUAAUAAGAUCUCGCGAGAAUUUUUACAGCGAGCUUUUAGGGAUAGACGCGACACGAACGCCGUUGAUUCGACGUCGGAAGGCACGCUCGCGGUCGCGAAGUCGCGCAAAACGGUGUUUGUUGCGUCGGAUUCUCGUUAGUCUCUCGCUUGCAUUUCGUCGUCGGCGACAAGGAUGUCCGAUGACGAGAAGUGCCCGCCGAUUCCGGUUUCUAGACGGAAACUGCGGCACACGGUAACGAAAUAUCUACCGAUACUUGGUUGGCUACCGCAAUACACCUGGCUGAAGGCCACGUCGGACCUCAUAGCGGGCAUCACAUUGGGUCUGACUGUGAUCCCUCAGAGCAUGGCCUACGCGGUAUUGGCUGAACGGAUUCCGCAGUAUGGUCUGUACUCGUGUUUUAUGGGCGGUUAUCUAUACAUUAUCUUUGGAACCACCAAGGAAAUCUCAAUUGGUCCGUCGUCCUUGAUGGCUCUUUUAACGUUGCAAUACACACGAGAUAUGCCACAGGAUUUCGUAAUACUUCUGAGUUUUCUGGCUGGAUGCGUACAAUUUUUAAUGGGCGUGUUAAAUCUAGGAUUCUUGGUGAAUUAUAUAUCGGUCCCGGUCACGUCGGGUUUCUUGUCGGCUGGAUCGCUCAUUAUAAUAAUUGCUCAGCUGCAGGGCCUUCUAGGUUUAAGAAUCAAGUCGAAAAAUGUCGCAGACAAUCUAUAUAAAAUAGUUAAGAACAUUAAUAAGAUCCGGCCGGCCGAUUUUGCACUCGGGAUUUUCAGUAUUGUGUUUCUUCUGAUCUUUAGAAAACUGAAAGACAUCGAUUAUCCUUGUACAAGAAACAACCGAAACGCUUCCAGAAAUAAUAAGAUAAAAAAGAUAUUUUGGUACUUCUCCAUUGGUAGGAACGCUCUCAUUGUACUUAUAACAGCUACUAUAGCGUAUCAAUUUGAAGCGAAUACAGGAUCCGUCCCGUUUAUACUCUCAGGAAAAAUAAAACCCGGCCUUCCCAAUGUAGCGCUACCACCUUUCUCAUCACAAGUGGGAAAUCAAACUUAUACAUUUUUCGACAUGUGUGCUCAUUAUGAAUUAGGACUAGUGAUACUUCCUAUGAUAUCCAUCUUGGUGAACGUAGCGAUAGCUAAAGCGUUUGCAACUAACGCUUCCGUUAAUGCGACGCAAGAAAUGUUGGCCCUCGGUCUUUGCAACAUAUUUGGCAGCUUCGUGUCGGCGCUCCCAAGCAGCGGUGCAUUUACUCGAAGUGGUGUCGGCAGUGCCAGCGGGGUGCAAACGCCUAUGGCCGGUUUAUAUUCUGGUACUAUGGCAUUGCUGGCUCUGAGCUUCUUAACGCCGUAUUUUUAUUACAUUCCACGUGCGACACUUGCAGCAGUGCUGAUAACCGCUGUGUUGUUUAUGAUCGACCUGAAGAUCAUAAAAAUGCUCUGGAGAGGAAGCAAAACGGAUGCAGUCGCGGCGAUAGGAACCCUUGUAAUCUCCACUUUUAUCGGCAUUGAGAUCGGACUGCUUUUAGGUGUGUUUUUUAAUUUGAUUCUCUUUAUCCGGCUGUCCGCGAAACUGACGCUUCAAACAGUCACCUGCAAGACUCACUUAGGAAACAAAUACAUAAUGCUAAAACCUGACGUCUGCCUUCAUUAUCCUGCAGUAGCUUCCUUCUGUGAUAAAGUAAUGAAUUUAGCUCAAAAUGAUGUCCCGUUGAUUCUAAAUUGUGAGAAAUUUACUAGUCUCGAUUACACUUCAAUUAAGGGUAUUGAAACGCUAUCGAACAAAUUAAAUCAUAAAAGAAAUCAAUUCUGGCUUUUGUAUCUUAACUCCAAUAUCGUGAAAAGUUUCGACGUUCUUGCUGAUAACGGGCACAUUCGUCUGAUCGAAAAAGAAGAGAAUAUCAUAGAUAUUCUUUAUAACGAUGCUUUAUUAUUAAAUGAAGAUUCCGAGGAUCUGAACGAUGUCAGUGUGAAAAAAGCAACGGAAACGGAAAAGCUGAAUCACAGAGACCUCUCAAAUUCCGAUUUACAACAAAAGAACUCGGAAACCAACGCCGAAGAAAUGACUUUAAUAUCGUCACUUGAACGCAAAAUACAAGAAUAACUAAAACAAUUCUGUAUUUACUUAAUUUAGCCCACUGAUUAUAAAUAUGAAUAAUA